UACAUACGCUGCCCAACAAUCUACACUGGCCUGCCUCACUCCAAACACAAACAAAGAACACAACACAGCAGCUGAAAUAUGAUGGGGAAGAAUUUAUCCAGAAAUAUUUGACAAGUGGUUAUUUCUCUUAUAAGAUCAGAAAUAAAAUAAAGUAAAAUAAAAUAAGAAAUUAAUAAAUAAGAAAUACAUAAAAUAACUAAUAAAAAUGAAAGGACCACCUGGCUGCAAAAAUGUGCAAUCAACCACAAAAUGGAUCGCCAUUCUGCAUGGGGUCUUCUGCAUCCUGUCAGUCAUCGCGUUAUCCGUUCUGCUCAUAGUUUGUAUCACGGUCCGUCAAAAUCCAGAUGUAAAGGAGGACCAAUCCACCAACCAGACUGAUAAGAAAAAUCUCAUAAUUAAUCCUCCAGAUACUGAAAGAAAUUUAAGUCAGAGUAAACUGAACGGGUACUUCUUUCAUGAGGAAAGUUUCGUCAAAUCGGCUUCUGUCGAUGCAAACCUUGUCCUGCUAAUGUUGAUGAUCAUGCUGUUAACCUGCAUCUCAUACCAAGACGUCAAUUUGUACAGAGGAGCAAGAGACAGGAGUAUCGCCCUUUGCACAGCCUGGUUGGAGUGUUGGUUCAUAUUUUCGCUGAUAUCGAUCAUUUUCUUGUCCCCAAUUUUCUUCACAUCGAUUGCCUUCUCGGUCACGCUCUUGGUCAUCAUAUUUUUUAAGUUUAUUUUCCUCGUUUUUGUUUUCUGGCUCGUUUUUGCGUUAUGUACCCAAAUUGCGGAGGAGACUGGAGAGAGACAUUAUUUUUAUUAUUGCUAAGUACAACUAAAUACCUAUAAACGGGUAACUGUGGAAUUCAUGGACUGUAUUAUUUGUCUAGUAAGUUUCGUUAAUUACAUUGAUAUUGCAUUGAUAUUUGAGUUAAUACUUUUCAAUUUGUACAUCACUUACCUUCAUAGAUACUUAGCUUUAGAUACUUACAAUUAGUCAUGAGAUGUUUACUCAAUCUACUAAAUAAAUCUGGUUUGUUAGUUUCAAUAAACAUGUAAUAGUUUUAAAUUAAUACUCCUUAUCUCAUCACUAAGAACCAACAUAGCCUGAUUCUAAACGGUAUGUGUUUGGAACAACUUGGACGUUUCUAUCUUCUUGGUUCAAAAGGAUAAGGGGAGAAUAAAGUAACUAAAUAUAAAAUAA